GCUCCUUCACAAGUUCUCUCUCUAGGUCACACACACACACACACACACACACACUUUAAUACCUUGCCCCAAAUCAAUCGGAACAAACAACAAUGGCGUCGCAUCCCAAAGUUUUCUUCGACAUGACCAUCGGCGGUGCACCGGCGGGAAAGAUCGUGAUGGAGCUUUACACCGACAAGACCCCGAAGACGGCUGAGAAUUUCAGAGCCCUCUGCACUGGAGAGAAAGGCGUCGGACGUAGCGGCAAGCCACUGCACUUCAAAGGCUCUGCGUUCCACCGCGUGAUCCCUAAUUUCAUGUGCCAAGGAGGAGAUUUCACCCUCGGGAACAGUACGGGCGGCGAAUCGAUCUACGGAAACAAGUUUGCGGAUGAGAACUUCGAGAGGAAGCACACGGGACCUGGGAUUCUGUCGAUGGCGAACGCUGGAGCCAACACCAACGGAUCUCAGUUCUUUAUCUGUACGGUGAAGACUGAUUGGCUCGAUGGGAAGCAUGUGGUGUUUGGUCAGGUGAUUGAAGGCUUGGACGUUGUUAAGGCUAUUGAGAAGGUCGGAUCUUCUUCUGGAAAGCUCUCGAAGGCGGUUGUGAUCGCCGAUUGUGGUGAGAUCUAGGGUUUUUCUUUAGUGGCGGUGGUUUCAGUUUUAAUCUUUGUUUCUAGAAGUUUCUUUAGCUCUAAUGGGACUGUGUCAUAUUUUCCUAAUUAUUAAUAAAAAAUUGUGGCCUUUUCUGAGACU